AUGGUCGACAGCGGCGUGUUCAAAAGCGCAAGCGCGUCGCACUCGCUCAGCGACUCGGCGAUCGGUGGCAUCUGCCUCGGCAUUGCGUUUGCGCUGCUCGUCUUCGCCCUGCUCUCCCUCGUCCACAUGCUGACCAAGCUCGUCCGUGGGUCGGCGCAAAAGUACAUUCGCCGCGCGCUCAACUACAGCGGGUACCUCAACAUCUUUAUCGGGACCGCCAUUACCUUUUGUGUGCACUCGUCGACCGUCGUUACGUCGACGCUGACGCCGCUCGCCGGCCUGGACCUGAUCGCGCUCGAUCAAGCGUAUCCACUUAUCAUCGGCGCCAACGUUGGCACAACCAUGACCGCGCUCCUGGCGUCGUGGGUGACAGGCAAGUACGACGCCGUCGAAGUCGCGCUCGUGCACUUUUGGUUCAACAUCUUUGGGAUCUUUCUCUUUUACCCGAUCCCGGCGACGCGGUACCCGAUCCUGCACUGGGCCGAGCGCAUUGGGUACUACAGCGCGCGGUGGCCGCUAGUGGCACUGUUAUUCCUCCUCGCUGUGUUUAUCGUGAUCCCGGGGAUUGGGUUUGGGAUGGUCUACUUGUACAAGGGCAGCGCGACCGCGGUCGCGUUUGGAAUCACGCUGUCGGCAAUCGUCGUCGUUUGUUUCGCGGCGUUUUACUGGUGGUACUGGCGCCUCGACGGGCGCGAGCGGUGGCACUACUUCUUGGCUGUCAAGGCGGAAGACCACCGCAUGCGCAUGGAGGCCGUGCGCCGUGCCCGUGAAGACGACAUGGUGUUCAUGUCUUAGUUAGUUGUGCGGGCAUGUAGUCUUGACACGUGUAUAUUUAAAGUUGGGAUCAACUUGGACAGAUCAACUGGUGCCAAGCCAAAGCCCACAUUGCCGACACGACGGGGCUUUUUGCCCCAUUGUCGUGGCACCUUGGAUGCAUGCUGCACCGUGGAAUACGUCGCCGCUGGUGGGGCCGUCAAGACAUCUGCGAGGUUCAGCUGUGGGUGUUG